AUGAUUUGGUUUAAGAUUAAGUUUCUGUUAGACGUUCUCCAGCGUAAAAAGAGCCGCCGGAGCUGCAUUAAAACGGCGAGCGGCGGAGUUGUUUGUAGGAGAGAAGUCGGAGAGCUAACUCUCAGCAGUAGCAAGCCGCCGCCGUUGUCUCGACUCCGGAUGGAGGAGAAGACCACGCCGGAGGUCCCAGAGACUCAGGAGAGUAAAUCUCCUCGAGCCGCUGCAGCUGUUCCAAUGUCUUGGUCGAAUAUUGUUCAAGCAAAGAAGUCUCUUACAAAGUACGAUCUCCAAGUUUCAAUGAAGGAUAGGGUGGAAUCAGUUAAUGUUNCGGAUGAAAUUUUCAAAGACCCGUCUCCUCUUUGGGAGGAUUUCUUGAUUGGUCGAUUCCUAGCCACAGCACCUCAUAAUCUGAAUGCUCAAGAAGGGAACGUGUCUCAAUUAUCUGUCAAGGAAAUUUCUGCAACAGUGGAGGUUGAGAAAGAAAAAAGAGUUCAGAAAGAUGAGGAAGUGUUAAUCGAAAUUAAUCAAAAUGUGUCAAGUGAAGAAAAAGAGGAGGGUGAAUGGGAAACACCAGUAAAGAGUAGUCGUAGUCCAAAUUCUAUGAAAAACAAUCUUGAGUUUGGACAGGUUUCGAUAUUAUCUCAUUCACGUUUUGCAGUGUUGAGUGAGCAAGAGGAAGACGCAAAACUGGGGGUUACAGUAAUAGAGGAAGAAUGUAAUAAAUCAAAGGAUUCAGUGUCGAUUAGCAAAGAUAAUGAGCAUGAGUCAGGGCUGAUACCUAAGGAAGCAGAGGUCUCUCAAAAGGAAAACCAAAACAAGAAGGGACGCAAAGGACAAUAA